AUGUUGGCAUAUAGUUUGCCAGCAGAUGCCACUGAUGAAUAUGUCAAAAUUGGAGAGUCAACUAUAAUUGAAAUCAUGAAGAGAUUUUGUCGAGUUGUCGUAGAGGUUUUUGACGAUCAGUAUUUGAGAUCACCAACAACUAACGAUGUUGCAAGGCUUCUGUACAUCGGUGAACAAUGUAGUUUUCCAGGAAUACUAGGCAGUUUAGAUUGCAUGCAUUGGAGAUGUAAAAAUUGUCCAACAGCAUGGGCUGGACAAUAUGCAUGUCAUAGUGGAUCCCCAAUAAUUAUUCUUGAAGUUGUAGCUGAUUACGACCUUUGGAUAUCGCAUGCAUAUUUUGGUAUGCCCGGCACCAAUAAUGAUAUUAAUGUUUUAGAAUCAUCACAUUUAUUUUCCAAUCUCGCUAAUGGUAUUGCUCCUCCAGCGUGUUAUGUUAUUCAAGGAAAAGAAUAUGACAUCGGUUAUUAUUUAGCUGACAGUAUAUAUCCAAAAUGGUCUACUAUUGUGCAAACUAUUCGGGAGCCACGUUCAGCAAAGAAGAAAUAUUUUGCAAUGAAACAAGAAUCAUGUCGAAAAGAUGUUGAACGUGCAUUCAGAGUUUUGCAAUCUCGUUUUGCAAUUGUUGCAGGUCCAUCACGUUUUUGGAGAAAAGAGGUGCUACGUGAUAUAAUGACCACAUAUAUUAUACUGCACAACAUUAUAAUUGAGGACGAGCGUGAUCUUAAUGCACCAAUUGAAGAUGCAUGUGAAUGUCCAGCUCCUACGGUAGAAAUGGCAGUAGAUGAAGAUCACUGA